AUGAAUCAUACACGUGUAAUACUUCUAUUUUUUAUAAUAUGGUCAGUAAGCGCAAAGGAUACGCUGUUACCGGUUGUGAUCAAUACGUGGCCUUUCACAAAUGCCACUGCUUCAGCAUGGGAAGUUCUACAGAAGGGUGGAAGUGCCGACGACAGUCUUGUUGUUGGAUGUAGUACGUGUGAGCGGCUUCAAUGUGAUGGCAGUGUGGGAUUUGGAAGCAAUCCUGAUGAAUCUGGUGAAACUACACUGGAUGCUAUGAUCAUGGAUGGAGCAACAUUUGCCGUGGGAGCUGUAGGCGACUUACGCCGAGUAAAAAAUGCAAUUGGUGUGGCCAGGGCAGUGAUGAAGUAUUCUGAUCACACUCUUCUGGCAGGAGAGUCAGCAACCAAAUUUGCUGUGGAGAUGGGGUUCAAGGAAGAAUCAUUGACCACAAACAAGUCACAGGCCAUGUUUAAUGACUGGGUAAAGUCUAACUGUCAGCCCAAUUUUAGACAGAAUGUCAAACCAGAUCCAAAGACAAGCUGUGGCCCAUAUUCACCAGUGCCUUCCUCAUUUAGCAAGGU